ACUAACAAUUAGCACCAUCAAUUUCGUGGAUAAUUUUCAUUUUGUCAGACAGCCGAGUUUGUGUCACUUCGUGUUUUAGCCUGCACGUGCUUGCCGCAGGUCGCAUGGAGGGAAAAUAGGGAAACGUACGAACAAACUUGUGUACGGUAUACAGAGACAUGCUUACGAUCUUGUUUUUAUGAGGUCGACGUACCGCGCGUUAACACGUCACCGUUGAGUCGUUAGAGUCUGUCAUUCACUAAUUCAGCCGUAGAGUUCUCGAUACCAUUCCUACAGAAGCCAAGAAAAUGGCUUCCGCUGGUAGAGGAAUUGGCCGUGGUGGCCUGCUCGAUAUGAUGAAGAAAAAAAAAGAAGAGGAAGAAGAGAGGCUAAGGGAAGAGCAAAGGCUUAAAGAUGAAGAGGAACAAUUAAAGCAGGAAGCAGCAAAAGCGGCAGCUGAAGUACCUAGAGUACAAGUAACUACUUCGUCUGUUGGCAUAGGUCGUGGAAGCCUUUUAAGUAAAAUGAAACUCAGCAAGGCCAACUCUUCAUCUCCAGUUGCAUCGACUACUGCAUCAGUCACUUCAACCCAAACAGUAUCAUCAAGAUCAGGGCCACCUUUAGGGCGUGGUUCGUUAAUGAGUGCGUCAACCACUGCAUCUGCAACUUCGACGCAGACAACGUCCACAUCUUCCGGAUCUGCAGGACGUGGUUUACUCGCUGGUAUGAUGAAAAAGGCUCCUUCCUUAGAAACGUCAGGUGAAACGUCAGGUGUUCUCGGGAAAUUGUCCUCACUGUCUCUCGAAGAUACGAGAUCAUCAGCUGUCUCUGAACCAGAAAUUGUUUCGCGUAAAGGAGAAUCAGGCAAAAAACUUCAACUUACAGCCAAUUACGUUAGACUAAAGGUCGACAGUAGCAAAGGCAUGUUUCAAUACGAAGUAAAAUUCUCACCUGAUAUAGACAGUCGCAAUUUAAGGUUCAAGCUUAUUAGACAGCACUCUAAUGUAUUGGGUGAGGUCAGAAAUUUUGAUGGGACGCUUUUAUACUUGCCGAUUCUGUUACCCGAUCAGAGAACAGUUCUUGAAUCUGUCCACCCAAUAGAUAAUACUCCUGUUACAUUGACUGUCAUUUUCAAAAAGAAACAAGCCAUGAAAGAUAACGUUACGUUCUUCAAUGUUUUAAUCAACAGAGUCUUGAAGGCUCUAAAGUUGGUUCGCAUGGGAAGGCACGACUAUAAUCCAAGUGGUGCUCAUCAAAUUCCAGCUUAUAAAUUAGAAGUGUGGCCAGGUUACGUGACUGCUGUUAACGAAUUGGAAGGUGGUCUAUUGUUAAACCUUGAUGCAUCACAUCGCGUUAUGCGUACUGAAACUGUUCGAGACUUGAUGGCAACAUUAUACGCAAAAAAUAAGGAUCAUUUUAAGAAAAAUGUUGUCAAUGAAAUCGUCGGAACAUCAGUACUUACCCGGUAUAACAAUCAAUCCUACCGGGUCGAUGAUAUUGAGUGGGAUAAAAAUCCUACUCAUGAAUUCGACAAAAAUGGUGAAAUGAUGUCGUUUGUACAAUACUACAAACUUCACUAUGAAAUCACAGUUAAAGAUCUCAAUCAGCCGUUGCUGGUACACAGAUCAAAACACAAGACGACGACCGGUGAAACCAUUGAAAGAAUGACUUUGUUGAUACCAGAGCUCUGCUACGUUUCUGGAUUGACUGAAAGCAUUAAAAGUGACUUCCAAAUCACGAAAGAACUUGCUACGGUUACUAAAGUUAAUCCAGAAGAAAGGAGAGUUGUAAUUAGAAGGUUUAUCAAACAAGUAAAUGGUAACGAAGUAACGAGGAAGAUUUUAGCAGACUGGGGCUUAGAACUUGAAAAUGACACCUCAGAUUUAACUGGGCGAGUUCUAGACCCAGAGGAAAUCAUGUUUGGAGGUAAUGGUAAAGCUAGAUCCGCUUAUGCCGAGUGGCCAAAAGAAGCUGGUAGUAACAAAGUUUUAAGGACUCCCAACUUGAAUAAUUGGGCGAUCAUAUGUACAACUAGAAAUCAAAAAAAUUGCAAUGAUUUCUGGGAGUACCUGCAAGGAGUUUCUCGUAGAAUCGGUAUAAUGGUUAACAAGCCACAAAUGAUAUUUUUAAGAAAUGAUGAUACGCAAGCUUAUGUCACAGCAAUCCGUAAUGUUGUCCAUCAACAACAACCAGAAAUGAUUGUAAUUAUUUUUCCCACUAUACGGCAAGAUAAAUAUUCGGCUGUUAAAAAAGUGUGCUGCGUUGAAUUUGCCGUUCCGUCGCAAGUUAUUAUAUCUAAAACGCUGAACAGACCAGAUAGGAUUAAGAGCGUGACGGAAAAAAUUGCUCUGCAAAUGAAUUGUAAGCUCGGUGGAGCGUUGUGGGCCUUGAAAAAUCCAUUUCCUAACGCAAUGGUGUGCGGCGUUGAUGUUUUCCAUGGAGGUGCUGGUUUCGGUACAAAAGCCAGUGUAGCAGCUUUUAUUUCGAGCUUGGAUCAAUUGCUUACAUCAUGGCAUAGUCGAGUUUGUCUUCAAAGUCCACACCAAGAGAUAAUAGAUCUGUUGAAACAGUGCUUAAAAUCAUCGUUGGAGGCUUAUCGCGAGAGAAACGGAACGUAUCCUGACAAAAUAUUUAUUUACCGAGACGGUGUUGGUGAUGGACAGCUUAGUACUGUUCAAAAGUAUGAAGUACAACAGUACUUGGAAACAUGCACAUCUAUUCAUGCCAACUACAAACCUAAAGUUAGCGUAAUCAUUGUACAAAAAAGAGUGAAUACGCGCAUCUUCGAAAAGAAAGGAAAACUUGGUAAUCCUCCCCCAGGUACCAUCGUUGACGAGCAUAUUACUCGCCGUUAUUUAUAUGACUUUUACUUGGUGCCGCAAUUAGUAAAACAAGGUACUGUAACCCCAACUCAUUACAUUGUACUUCACGAUUACGGUGAGCUGAAGACUGAUCACAUGCAGAGAUUUACUUACAAAUUAUGUCAUUUGUACUACAAUUGGCCCGGUACUAUCAGGGUACCAGCUCCAUGUCAGUACGCUCACAAGCUUGCAUACUUGGUUGGUCAAAGCAUAAAAGACACUCCAGAUGCCAGGCUUAAUAAUUUAUUGUAUUACCUUUAA